CAGUCUCCACUUCUCUGCUCCACGAAUUCAUCCACAUCGUGAACCUCUUCAUAAAAACCUUCACUUCUCCUCCAUGUGAGGAGCCGCUGCUGCUGCUAGGGGCGCUUUGUUCGGUGGCAUCCCGGCGGCGGUGUGAGCACAGGGGUCGGGUAAGGUCUGGAUGAGCGCGGCGGAGGGACCGGAGAGGACCGGAGGAACCCGGGCUGCCAGCAACUAUACACGACUCUGAAACACAGCGCAGGGGACCGAGGGGUUGAAUCCUGCUCUACAGGAGGGCGAAGAGGAGACUUCGGGGGUGUUUUACUACGGUGGCCGACAUCCGCACUUGAGGAAGAAGGAGCCGGGGGGAACCGAAUUCAAGUGCCCCGAUGCUGGGAGCCGCUGCCGGGCUGGAGGAGUGAGGAGAUGCGCCGUGUAUCAUGGACAUCCGAGAAGGGAUAAACAUCAGCGAGCAUCGCAGGGGACCAACUCAGAUUAACGGUGAAAGUGCUGCAAAGGACAAAGCCAGGAUUCUGCACACCUGUGAUUGGAUGUGAGCUCGUAUUGACCUGAGACCAUUAAAAUGGAGUUGCUAUGGAAACUUAUACUGCUGCUGUCAUUGGUGGAGUGUCUGACAGGAAGUGGAGUCCAGCUUAGGCCUGUGUUCACCAAACAACCUGGCAGUGUGGUGUUCCCCCUUCAAGCUGGUGAAAAUCGCAGAGAGGUGGUGUUUAGCUGUGAGGCCCAGGGACACCCCCUGCCCUUCUACAGGUGGAAGCUAAAUGACUCUUUCAUCCUGGUUAGACCAGGGUCACGUUACUCUCUCAUGGGAGGAAACCUGCACAUCAGCCAUCUGAAUAAAGAGGAAGAUGUUGGCAUCUAUCAGUGCCUGGCAUCAAACUCUUUUGGAACCAUCGUCAGCAGAGAGGCCAGUCUGCAUGUAGCAUACUUGGAGAACUUCAAGACGCAGAGAAGGAGUCCAGUGAGGGUUCGUGAAGGUCAAGGAGUGGUUUUACUGUGUGGCCCUCCACCGUACUCUGGAGAGCUUACCUUCACAUGGAUUUUCAACGAGUACCCAUCGUUUAUCAUCCAGGACACGCGACGAUUUGUGUCCCAGAAGACCGGCAACCUCUACAUCGCCAAAGUGGAGCCAUCUGAUGUGGGCAACUACACAUGUGUAGUCACAAACACAGUCACCAAGAGCAGCGUGCAAGGACCGCCAACCCCCCUAGUGCUGCGGGUGGAUGGUGUGAUGGGUGAAUAUGAGCCAAAGAUCGAAGUUCAGUUCCCUGAAGUUGUCCCUGUUGCGAAGAGCUCAACUGUCAAACUGGAAUGCUUUGCACUUGGAAACCCAGUGCCAACCAUCAGCUGGAGAAGAGUGGAUGGAGCCUCUUUUGGCAGGAAGGUGGACAUUAAUAAAGCCAGCGGCGUAUUAGAGAUCCCUUACUUCCAGCAGGAGGAUGCUGGGAUAUACGAAUGUGUAGCUGAGAACAGCAGAGGAAGAAACCUGGUUAAAGGGAAACUGUCUUUCUACGCUGCACCUCACUUGACCGAGAAGCCUCAGGAUGUUCAGAAGACCAUAGAUGACACUCUGGUUUGGGAAUGUAAAGCUAGCGCCAAGCCCAAGCCUUCAUACCGCUGGCUGAAGAACGGAGAGCCUCUGGACCCGAUGGAGCAGGACAGAGUUCAGGCGAAUAAUGGAGUGCUGACAAUCAAUAACUUGAAUCUGGCUGACAUCGGCAUGUACCAGUGUGUGGCAGAGAACAAGCAUGGACGAAUUUUCACCAAUGCAGAGCUGCAAGUCAUAGCCAUCGCUCCGGACUUCUCCCAGAACUUGUUGAAGGCCCAAACUCUGGCCCGACAGGGUGGCGACAUUCUCAUCGAAUGCAAACCUAGGAUGUCUCCUCGGGGCGUGAUUUCUUGGAGGAAGGGGAAGGAAGCCCUCAGAGAGAGCCACAGAGUAACGGUGUUGGAUAGUGGGAGCCUUCGGAUUUCCAAUGUUACUAAAAUGGAUGCUGGAAUCUACACAUGCGUGGCCAGAAACCAGUUUGGAGUAGCGAGCAGUGCCGGCAGCCUUUUGGUUAAAGAGCCAACUGUGAUCACCAGCCCAGCAGGUCAUCUAGACGUGACCGUGGGUGAGAGCAUUGUGCUCCCCUGUCAGGUAUCUCACGACCCCACACUUGACCUCAAGUUCACCUGGUUCUUCAAUGAGCAGCUCAUCCACUUCGGAAGCCAUGGGGCGUAUUUUGAAAAAGUUGGUGGGCGCUCAGCCGGGGACAUCAUGAUUCGGAACAUUCAACUGCGGCAUGCUGGGAAAUAUACGUGCGCCGUACAGACCAAAGUGGACAGUGUUUCUAUUGCUACCGAUGUGGUAGUCAGAGGUCCCCCAGGCCCCCCUGUGGACUGUCAGGUGAGUGAGAUGACAGAGACCUCUGCCUUGCUGUCCUGGGGACCCGGCAUAGAUAACCACAGCCCCAUCCUCAGCUACACCAUCCAGGCCAGGACGCCCUUCUCUCUCGGGUGGCAGGCAGUUACCACAGUUCCUGAGCUGCUCGGGGGGAAGCAGCUGUCAGCCACUGUCACUGACUUGAGUCAAUGGGUGGAGUAUGAGUUUAGAGUUCUGGCAAGCAACAGCAUUGGAACAGGAGAGCCAAGCAAACCCUCCAAAAAGACCCGCACCAAAGACACGCUUCCCAGGGUGACUCCAGGCAGAGUGAAUGGUGGUGGUGGUGGGCGUUCGGAGUUGGUCAUCACAUGGGAGCCUGUGCCUGAGGAACUGCAGAGUGGUCCAGGCUUCGGCUACGUGGUGGCUUUCCGCCCACUUGGGGCACAAGGUUGGAUGCAGGCUGCCGUCACGUCCCCAGAUGCCUCCAGAUACGUCUUCAAGAAUGAGAGCAUCCCUCCCUUCUCCCCUUACCAAGUCAAAGUCGGGGUUUACAACAACAAGGGUGAAGGCCCUUUUAGCCCAGUGACCACCAUUCACUCAGCGGAGGAAGAGCCCAGCAGAGCUCCAGGGAGGCUGAGGGUGAGGAGUGUAUCAGCGUCCGAGGUAGAGGUCACCUGGAGGCCACUGGCCUGGAGUAAUAACCGCAGACGCAUCCUGGGCUAUGAGCUGAGGUACUGGCGUGAGAAGGAGAAGCAGGACACAGCUAGUGUGGUCAGGACAGUGGGGAAUAAGACUUCAGUUCUCAUCAGGGAUCUGGAGGGCAGCAGUACCUAUUACAUUUCCCUGCAGGCAUACAACAGCGCUGGAGUGGGUCCACAGAGCAUCAUAGUCAAUGUCACAACUAAGAAACCACCUCCUAGUCAAGCCCCGGUCAAAAUAAUGUGGAACACCUCUAAUUCCAAAGUCAUCCUAAAGUGGGAUCAAGUUCACGCUCUGGAGAACGAGUCAGAGGUCACAGGAUAUAAGGUGAUGUACAGCCAGGACAAACACAGCCGUCCCAGUGUGGUGGAGACCAACACCACCUCCUUGGAGCUGUCGCUGCCGGUCAACCAAGACUAUGUCAUCCAGAUUAAACCCUUCAGUGAGGGAGGGGAAGGCAUCAGCAGCCGCCAGAUAACCAUCCCCAAGAUAGCAGGCUCCAUAGCCACUGGUGCAGCCCCCGAGGCCGCUGCAUUUCCCUUGGUUAACCUCGCGGCCCUAAUCCUCACAGCCACGGCCAUGCUAUGACAAACAUCUUCAGGAACCAGGCACUACAGACGCUUAUUAAGAGGGGAAACAGCGGGUCAAAGACAACAAGAGGCUGGCAGCAGAAUUUCCAGCUGCUUUCUCCCCUUCCCUACUGUGUCUUCUUUCUACAGAAAUCUCUUUGUGAGGAAGUCUUUUCCUCCACCUUUCUGAAGGAGUCGCUGAAGGAAACUGGUUCUUUCAGAAGUUGCAUUUAUGGAACUGAAAGGACGCAGAAAUCAGACUGCAGUCUCUUUGAUUUUUUUCCUUCUCUGCUGCUUCAUUUGCGAUUGAUAUUCUAAUAUGGUUUUCACCUUGGAGGCUUGGAGUUUUGUGAUGCACAAUAGGCGUGUAUAGGUUUUCUUUGUUGGACUGUGCAGGUUUUAUUAAAAGGAUUUAUGUAUGUAGCACUGAACCUUUCUCGGAUGAUGGGAUUGUAUUUUAAGUGGGGAUGAAGGAGACAUAAAGCACUUACACAACUCAUUCUUCAAUGAGCGAAAAUAUAUUCAAGCUCGACUUAAGACAACAACAUGGAUUAAGUCAUUUUCCUCCUCUCUCUGGACUCUAUUUGGGAAAAGCUCCCUGAACUGUCUCAGAAGGAAAACCAACGGUUACUAAUCCCUGCCCAAAAAAAAAAAAAAAAAAAACACAAAAAACCUACAAAAACAAAACAAAACAGGGAGCUUAGCCUAAUUGCUUAUUGACAAACCAGAGUUUGGGAUCUUUGUAACGCUGCCUGGAUUUUCUUCAUAACUUUUACAUUUUACUGCGUUACGUCGAAACCUCAGAGUUGCCAUGACACUGACUCGAACCAAAGGUAACUGAGCCGACACGGUUCAGUUCCACCUGUUGUAUCUUUGUUGAGAAAAUGCAACUUGUGCGCCCCCUGUAUGGCUUCAUCGUAAACAGCAGACUUGUGUUGAUCAAUCGGUGUCUUACCCUCCUCGCUCAUCACCCGUGAUUAAGUGUGUGACAGGCACGCUGAGCAGUGUGUGCGCCACAUUGUUGUACACUGUAUGUAUGAAAUCCUCAGGUCCCAAAUGAGCCUUAAGUCUUAUGAUUAUUAUCCAUGCUGUUAUUCAAGAGACAUAUUUAUUUUCCUCCUCUGCUUUUUCCGCAUUGUGUUGUCGUUCACUCCUACUAUAAUUUAUGAAUACUGACCUUACCGAACGGUAUGGAGUUUUUUCCUCUUUUCUUACUUGGUAGAUCAUAUCUUUGGGCGUUUUGGGCUCAGAUACAACAUGCCUUUCUCUUAUGUCUUUCAUGAUGAGCCCUGUAAUACAGUACAAGUGGGAGUGAUACUGACUUUUGUAACACAGCUUAUUACAAAGAAGGGAUGGGGAUUUUACGGUCAGCUGCUGUUCAGCAUGAGCUCAGUCAGUGUACGUAGCUACGUUUGCUUAGGAUGUCUGAAAGGAUCAACCUGCUUUUAA